UUUGCUGAUAGUUUUGUAGUUGUUGUAUAGGAUGGAUAGCACCGUGGAUGCGUCAGGAGAACCAAUCCCAACAUCGUCGGUGUUGAUGGCAGCUGCGAAGCAUAUAGGGACUAGGUGCCGUGGUGAGAACAUAGCAUUUUUGAAGUGCAAGAAGGAUGAUCCCAACCCUGAGAAAUGCCUCGAUAAAGGACGUCAAGUGACUGAAUGUGUGCUUCACCUGCUGAAAGAUCUCCACCAGAACUGCAAUAAAGAAAUGGACACUUAUGCAGGAUGCAUGUAUUACCACACAAAUGAAUUUGAACUUUGUCGCAAGGAGCAGCAGUCAUUCGAGAAAGCAUGCCCCUUCUGAUAACUAGCAAAAACAUCCUCCAUCUUGUGAGUUUGUAAUAAUAAAAUUACCCUGCGGAUUUUUCUGUCAAAUGUACUAAAGAUCGAUCUUUUUUUCCUUAUGGUGUUAGAAAACUCUUUCCUAUGCCAGGAAUGCCAUGUUCAUGCUCAGGGAUAUCUUUUCGUCUUCGUGUUAAACUCGAUUUCAUUGCUAAUAUUCUCAUACUUGUUUGGUAUAUGAAAGAUAUAAACAAUGCAAGUAUCGGGUUGUUCA